AUGGAGGAUGUAGAUGGAGAAGAAAGAUUUGGAGAACUAGAUCUAAGAAAUUAUUUAGAUGCUUCUGAGGUUGUUCCUCCAACAGACAGAACUCCAGAAAUUUUUAAAAAGGCCCUCUCUGGCUUAUCUUCCAGAUGGAAGAAUUGGUGGAUUCGUGGGAUUUUAUCAUUAGUUAUGAUUUCACUUUUUUCCCUGGUCAUAUACAUGGGAUCAUUUAUGCUAAUGUUGCUUGUCAUGACCAUACAAGUAAAGUGUUUCCAUGAAAUUAUCACUAUAGGUUACCGAGUCUAUCGUUCUUACGACUUGCCAUGGUUUAGAACAUUAAGCUGGUAUUUUUUACUGUGUGUGAACUACUUUUUCUAUGGAGAGACUGUAGCAGAUUACUUUGCCACAUUUGUUCAGAGACGAGAACAACUUCAGUUCCUCAUUCGCUAUCACCGAUUUAUAUCUUUUGCACUUUAUCUGGCAGGUUUCUGUAUGUUUGUGUUGAGUCUGGUGAAGAGGCAUUAUCGACUGCAGUUUUACAUGUUCGCAUGGACUCAUGUCACUUUGCUGAUCACUGUAACUCAAUCCCAUCUUGUCAUCCAAAAUCUGUUUGAAGGCAUGAUCUGGUUUCUUGUUCCAAUUUCAAGUGUUAUUUGUAAUGACAUCGCUGCUUAUAUCUUUGGAUUCUUCUUUGGGAGAACUCCAUUAAUUAAGUUGUCUCCCAAAAAGACCUGGGAAGGCUUCAUUGGUGGCUUCUUUACCACAGUGGUGUUUGGAUUCAUUGUUGCUUACCUUUUGGCUCAGUAUCAGUAUUUUGUGUGUCCUGUGGAAUACAACAGUGAAACUAAUAGAUUUGUCACAGAGUGUGAACCAUCAGAACUGUUUCAGUUACAGAAGUACUCCAUACCAGCAUUGCUACAGGUUGUGCUGGGAAGGGAAACGGUGCAUAUGUACCCAUUCCAGUUGCACAGCAUUGCUUUGUCAACGUUUGCAUCCCUAAUUGGGCCAUUUGGAGGCUUUUUUGCUAGUGGAUUUAAAAGGGCUUUUAAAAUCAAGGAUUUUGCAGACACUAUUCCUGGACAUGGUGGAAUAAUGGACCGUUUCGACUGUCAGUACUUGAUGGCUACUUUUGUUCAUGUCUAUAUCACCAGCUUCAUAAGAGGCCCCAAUCCCAGCAAGCUACUGAAGCAGCUGUUGGUGCUCCAGCCAGAACAGCAACUGAACAUUUAUAAAACUUUGAAAUCGCACCUCACCGAAAAGGGGAUCCUUCAGCUGCCACUCAGAGGAUAGGAGGACUGGACUGCAGACUGCAAAGGGAAGCACAACUGGAAAUACAGUGGGGCUUAUUGUUCAGAGCAGAGCAGUUUGGAUGGAAGCCAGAACUGUGUACUGAAGAUAUGAAUGUCUGUUUACUGAAAUUACUGUGAACACCCAAAAUGCCAUGCAAGAUUUAAGUUCUUUUUAAACAAUUGCAUGUUUUUUUCUUACCUAGUUCUCUUUCUUGGGUUGGUGGAAGGAGAUUUCACUCUCAGUUCCCAGCUUCAUUUUUAAAAAAAACAAAAUAGUAACUAUCCAUUUUAAAUGGGGAUCUGCACACACACAAAAUAAAGGAAUACUUGGGAUGUGCAGUUGUAUUAUAAAAAACUCAUUUUUAGUGCAGUAAUAUUAAUGACUCCAGCUUAUUUAAUGACACUCUACAGUAAUGUGUUGGUAUCUCAGUUUUAGCAGUAUGACCAAAUAAUAAUCAAAUGACAACAGAGGCUAUUCUCUUCUGUUCUUUUACUCCAAAAAAUAGGAAAGGACCCUUUAGAGGAGAUUGGUCUCAUGUAUUCUCCCCCAUAGGUUCACAGAGAUCAAUUUAAAGCCCACAGUCACUUAAGCUGUUGCCCUCUUUUCCAGCAAACUUUGGUCAGGAUGUUUGGACCCAAAAAAUUGAUGGCUCUUUGCUUAUGUGUGCCUCAGUGUUCAGAUGUGUUAAAUGAAAACACUUUGUUCUGCGUUAGGGUAAGUGCCAUACAAGGGGUAACUCGGCUGUCUUUUGUCCAUUUUCAUGAAAACGAGGUUAGCUUGCCCCUAUGUAGGCUAUGAGAUGAAUGUAAUUCUACCAUCACCAGCUACAUCUUGGCCAGCAGCUUAAAACUCUGAAAAGCCUUGUUGUGGCUUCAUAGGAAUCCAUGUUUUUAGAUGUGCUGAAUGUUACCCAGCUUUCUUUAAAAGUCCUUUCUAAGAGCGGCAUAAAAUCUCACCUUUCUGAUAGUCAUAGCAUAUGUUGCUUUCUUUUAUCAUGUCAUACUGCAAAAGCUCUAUUUUUAAAGCAAAUAAUAUAAUAAAGUACAUAGAAGGCAAAGACUUAGUAACUCAUAUUAUAGGAUUUAAGGCAUUAGGACCAGAAUCCUUCCAGAAGCUUGUUCUUUUGCAGAUCUCAUUGAAAUGAAGGGGAGUCCUACCAUAUCAUAUCUUCGCUCUUCUGCACAGUUGCUGUUCAUUUCAGUGUGAUUUGUGCAAGUCAGUUCUGCCAAAUAAUUGUGCCGUACGAAUGUUACUUUAGCGGUGAGCUGUUUUGAAGGGGUUAAAGCAAUAGUACAAUCCUUUCUUCGAACCAUUUGACUAAACCCUGUACUAACCUGCAGAUAGCAAAAAUCAAUAUAUAUACAAACAUAAAGAAUAAAAUCUGAACAUUCUGGUAGAUCAGAGUCUACCAUUUCAGGUAUACAGUACGUAUGUCUCUACUGUAGUAGAGUAGCAUUGCAUGAGACUGAAACCUUGUUUUGUUCCUUUCCCUGGCAAAGUAACAGAAGUCAUUCUAGAAUAGCUAGGUCGCACAUCACUGACAUCUAAAUAUUAAGGGCCCUGUUUGUUUGGUGGAGUGGGAGCAGUGGUAGUGUUUAUCCGGCAUAUGCUUCUUGAGUAAUGGCAGGAGUUAGAAGAAACACAAGAUGUGCUGAUGGCCUCACUCUUUCUCAUGACUGAAAAAUGUUACCCUCCUAUGAAGUGGAGCACCACUGCUGUGGGAAAAACUGAAUUUUGAAUUCCUGGUCAUCUAAUCUGGUACUUCUGCCAUCACUGGAAAGGCCUGUGAAGUGUUUUUGCAGUUUAAAGAUUUGUUAUUAACAUCAGAAAAAGGACACUGAUACAGGAUGCAGAUUUUGUUUUUGUAGCCGCAAAAGGUCUUCUGCAUUAACCAAUGCUCUUGGAACUGGAUUCUCCGAAGUCUGUUGCACAAUGUGCUUAGGUGUCACCCUCUUCUUAGCAAACUGCAAAAGCCUUUCUGUUUGGUAGCCUGGGUUUAGUUUCUUCAGAUGGCACAGCUAUGUAAGGAUCUUCUUUCCCCAGUGAAGGGUAGCUAGGACCACCUGACAGCCAUGUGUUCAUCUGGAUAUGUCGUCAUAUAGAUCACUGACUUGUGUACAGCUUUAUUUGUGUGAGCUUUAGAUACAGAACAAGGUCGGGGAUCAUGUGUGCCUUUCUCCCGCAUUGUUUGCGUUCACUAUGAAACUGACUCUACAGUCCUUUGCCAACACCUACCUUUCAUUCAGCACUUUUCUGGGGAUGGGCAGUACCCUUAGAUCCUUGAAGUGUUGUCAGCUUUCAAGUAAACAGAAGAGUGGCCUCACAGGCUUGCCUAAAACGGAUGAAGUUCUCUAGCUAAAUGAAAGGUAGUGACAUUGGGUUCCGCUUUCAAGAGAUUGGUAGCAAUAUUUGCACUGAAGUUAAAUAGUCACUUUGUAUGCCUCUGAAACGUAAUGCUUAAAUAGUUUCUGUGAGAAAAUAUUUUGAUUUCUCUAUCCAGAAGGCAACUCAUAGAAAAGAUAUACAGCUUAAUUUUAUGUAAAACUGUAACUUUUCAAUUAUUUUUGGUGUAAUUUUUUAUUUUGGUGUCUUGAAACAAGAUUGUAUUUAAGCCAUGGAAUUUAAGAGAAGAGCUGGAUCUCCCAGCUCUGUUUGCACUGUAGGACACAGUAAAAUGCUGCUACUCUUUAAAAAUGAAAUGUGUUUGGAUGUGCUUUUACCACUUUAGAAUUGUUUUAUCUUUAGAAUGCAAUUCGAAAGGGGAUCUCAGGGUGCUUUUCAGUGAUCACAUAAGAAUAUUACAAGUAACGAAAUGGGAGUGUACAGUUGGCAUGUGCAAAACACCACAUAAUGGUAAAUGUAUAUAUGAAAUAGUGCCAAUAGCAACCGAUUCGUCAAGCAUGGCUGUUGUCGUACAGUCAAUCUUAAAACAAACCUUUGUGCAAGCUGUGCUUGCUGAAUGGCUCCUGACUUAGUAAUUCUUAAUGUGCUGGACUUUUUAAAUAGAGGGAAAUAGAUGACUUGCUCUGUUAGCUAAAUUUUCUUCACUACAAGCAAAAAAUAUUCUUCAGUCCCAAAUACUGAAGUGGUUUGACCUUCUAUUAAUUUAAAUAUCUUGAUGAAAAGGACUCCCAAAUAUUUUUCUUUAAUUGGCACUUUUCUUGGGUAAGAUACUUCUGCCUUGUUUAGUAAAAACUGUAGAAAACUGUGUGUAUAUACUGUAAAUUUUAAACAUUAAAAACAUGUUUUAGUUGAAUUUUGUAGAGUUGGGCUGGGAAUAAUAAAGAUCUUAUCAAAGUC